CGCUCUCUAUAGCUAGCAAGCAUGGCGUCCAUUGACAUGUUUGUUGGUAAACACAGAAUUAAAACAAACAAUUUGAACCACUUGUCUAACGCAUUUCACCAUUAUUAUGGAGUUGUUGUUUUUGAUGGUAGCACCGUUCUUCUGGUAGCGUGCAGUACAGAUGGCUUGGUUCCUGGGAAGCCAUCAAAAUUGGGUGUUUUCAGCGAUAAUGUGGAGAGUGUGGCAUGGAGUAAUGCAACAUCAAUGAAUGUUUACUUGAGCGUUCAGCUCAGGUCACAGGUCAAUAUCUUCAAAGUAAGCAGUGACAGUGAGUCUAAACCUGUGUUUACUCAAGUUUUAACCUUUGACCUACAAUCAAAAUCAGCAGGAUGUGUUUGGCAUACCAGGAAACCAGUUAUUUGCAUUCUGCAUAAAGACCACGUUGUCAUUCUCAAUGUUGCUACAAAAGAAACGCAGAAACUCAGAUGUAAUGGCGGCCAAGUCAAAACGGGAGUAUGGAUGCCAGAUGGCACGAAAUUAAUAAUCGCAAUCAACUCCACUCUGAAGGUAUUUAGCUGGGACGAUUCUUCUGCAUCUGAAGUUUACGAAUUUGGACUACAAGAUGAAAUUGGUGGAAUACGCAAUAUUGUGGCAAUAUCAAGUGAAUUGGUUGCAAUAGCAACUGAUCUCCCUCUUGAACGUCUGAUUAUGACAUCAGGAGAUGAUAUGUUUGCAGUUCCAGAAAUCAAAGGAAAUGAACUAUCAACAAUAGGUGAGAAGAGUUUGCCACUCACUGAUAAAAGAAUGAGGAGGUAUCAUGAAUCAGAACAUGAAUCCUCUGAAAACAGAUCUGAUGAUGGUAGUGCAAAAGCUGCUUCCAAGAUUCCAUUUGAUGUUGGAUGCAUUGAAGUGCUUCAGGCGAAUAGUCACCAAGAAAAAACAAUUGCAUCAUUGUUAAGAGAUAAAUUAGACUUGAAAAGCAAAGGAUCUAUCGACCUUACUGAGUUGUUGUCCAAAGCUGCUAAGCAAGGCUCCAUGCAGACUCUUUCUGGUGUCCAGCGUGUCAGGACGUCAGACGAAAGUGGUAAGGUUAAUCAGAAUGCAAGAAUCUCUUCAGAGACGUCUGGGGAAUACGAGUCUUGUAGGAUUAGUGACGAUAAACGCAGGCAGAAUAUACUUGAUUUGACAAGUAUAAGGACUGUAGAUACAGAAUGCAAAGGACACAGUUCAACAGAUCUUUUACAUUUUACAAGAAAACAAAAGGAAAAUGUUAAAGAUUCCAGCUAUUUAAUAAUUUUUGAUUUGAAACAUGAAAACAGUGUCUCAAAAGUGAGGGUACCAUGUAUUAUUAAUCCUGAUCUUCUGCUGUACAUGCCAGGAUGUCAUUGUAUAGUUGUUGGAAGCAACUCUCAACCUAGACUUCCUGUAUUCAAUUGGAAGCACGAGCUAACGCAAAAAGAUAACUUGGUAAGUGUCCGAAUUUCAUAUCACCCAUAUCUUACAAUACUCUAUCAUAAUCUGAAGGAGCUGCCUCCAGAUGAAAAACCUGUAGGUUUGGCAGCGAUGCCAUCUGGUGAUGUAAUGGUGAUGUCUGCCAAAAGUGACCAGCUGCAUCAGGAUAGAGCUUUCCUGCACACAUAUCAGUUUGCAUCGGUUGACAUCAACCUUAGAAAACUGACCAUUAAAAAAGAAACCCUUUCAGAUGUUAAAUCAUUUAGGAAAGUUGUUGAGUUACCUUGCUCUGACCUAUGCUUGCAUGUACCACUACAUGCAGAAAACAUUAGCUCUGAUAUACAGUGUUUGCAUCUACCUGCACAAGACAUUCUUCCAAGUAAAUUUGAAGCAGGCAACAAGAAAAUCAUUGAAGAGAUGAAUAUUAAAGAAGAAAUCAGUGCGAAGGAAUUGAUUAAUAUUCAAGAAAUUCUUCCUCAAAAAGAUGUUGGAGUGCAGUGGGAAUCCAACAAUUAUCCACUUGCAGAAUCUGCCCGUAAGACAUUUUUAUAUGUAUUAUUUGGAACUAUGAGAGAUGAAUUAGGUGAAUAAGUUAAACCCAAAAAACAUUGGGUGUAAGAAUUGAAGGUUAGAGUACUUAUGCAACAAUUGUAGAUAAAGUACGUACAUUUUCAUUGAUUCAUAUAUUUUGGCAACGGAGAAUCAUAAAGAAUUUUCAUUUCAGAUUGUUCAGAACAAACAUGUUUCUAUUUUCUCUAAUGCAACAUUUUGGCCAAAUUUGACCAGAAAUGGCAAUUCUGACCUUUGACCCUAGAUACACAGCAUAUCCAUAUUUCCAAAACUGUAGGUCCUAGAGACCUAAUUUUAGCCUCAAAUUUUUCAGUGUGUGUUUCUAUUUGCAUUUAUGACUCUUUUGUCCAAAAGUGAAUGGAAAUGACAUUUCUGACCUUUGACUAUAGGUACUCUGCUCAUGCUAAAUUAAUGAACUGAAACUGUUGUACUGUAAUUUGUGUAGUGAUAGGUGGAGUAGCCAUGCUUGCGACACAUACAAUACACAAACAGAUUGUAUCUACAAUAAUGUAUGUAGAAGUGUUUAUUUUACUGAUUGGUACAUCAUAUAUACAAGUGUUAAUGAAUAUUCAUAAUUCAUUUGGGUACAUCAUCAUCUUGUUGGAAUGCAGGAUAGAGACCUAGUUCUUGGGUCUGCAUUCUUUGCAUCGGUCAAUUAACCACUAAAUGUAACUACUAAACUAUUUUUGAGUUUCUUCACCUUGGUGACUGUUAGUUUCACUAACUCUAAUUAAUGUAAUAAAUAUAGGGAUAUCAAUAGCAGAUAUCAGAGCAUAACCUACACAAAUCCAAACACAAAC